AUGGGCUGGUUCGACGGCUGGUUCGGCUCCAGCACCACCACCUCGGACCCUCUCAAGUCCCUGGACCCCAAGCUCCGCGAGUUCCUCGAGCGCGAAUCCCCCGUCAAGAUCCAGCAACAGAUCCAAGAAGCGGAACAGGCAGCGGCCGCCGCGGCAACAAAAGCAGCAGCAGCAGUAGAAGCAGCAACAGCAACAACAUCACAAACAUCACAACACAACGGUGUCGACACGACAGCAGACUCGAGACCAAAAGUGCCCAAGGAGAGCCUCUUCCAGGAUGGACGGUACGCGCACCUGUGGAAGACGUACCGGCCGUACGCCGAGAUCGAGGCCGAGAGCAAGACGGACCACGAGAAGCUGAUGGACGUGCUGGACGGGUACAAGGAGCGCAAGCACAACAUCGGCCGGGCGGCGCUGGAGAACUGCGCGCUGCAGCAGGAGGAGUGGGUGAACUGCAUGAAGAGCGGCUCCUGGGAGGACAGGAUGCAGAUGUGCAGGCACCAGGUGCAGCGGUUCGAGAAGUGCUAUACCAUGCAAACGAGAUUCCUUAAAGCCCUGGGCUACCAAUCCGUCUACAACCGCCCGGCGCAGGUCGAAGAAGACAUCCAGAUGCACGCCGACAAGCUCUACCAGCGCAUGGUCGAGCAAGAAAAGGCCAUCGAGGCGGCUAAGCAGGAGGGCCUGCCGGUCCCCAAGUUCGAUCUCUCAAUACCCGCCGCCGUCGAGGCGGCUCCUGCCAUCCAGCCUCGGCCAGAUCUCGAGAAAUCGUGGAAGGAGAAGCUGGAGCAGCUGCCAGAAGAGGAGCGCGCGGUCGAGGAGGCGGCGCUGCGGGCGGAUCUGCAGGCCAAGGCGGAGGUUGCCAAGAACGUGCAGAAGCUGUGGGACGAGCAGGAGAAGGAGAAGCAGCAGCGCAAGGCGGAGGGCAAGGCGACCGUCAUGGACCGCAUCACGGGAGCUUUCGGAGGAAAAUAA